CUCCUGAGUCGGUUCCGUUCAGUGGACCGGAAGUCAGGAAAUCCAGCCGCAGGAAAUAAAAAUGGCUGCAGAGGGAAUUCGUUCUGUGCUGUUCGUGUGUCUGGGUAAUAUUUGUCGCUCACCUAUAGCAGAAGCAGUUUUUAGGAAACUUAUAGCUGAUCAAAAUAUUUCAGAUAAGUGGAGGAUAGACAGUGCAGCAACAUCUACCUAUGAAAUAGGAAAUCCCCCUGAUUAUCGAGGCCAGAAUUGCAUGAAGAAACAUGGCAUUACCAUGAAUCACAUUGCCAGGCAGAUUACCAAAGAAGAUUUCCUGACUUUUGAUUAUAUACUAUGUAUGGAUGAAAGCAAUCUGAGAGAUUUGAAUAGAAAAGUUAAUCAAGUUAAAAACUGCAAAGCUAAAAUUGAACUUCUUGGAAGCUAUGAUCCACAGAAACAACUUAUCAUUGAAGAUCCAUAUUAUGGAAAAGACUCAGACUUUGAGACUGUAUACGAGCAAUGUUUGAGGUGCUGCAAAGCAUUUUUGGAAAAAUCUCAUUAAGGCUCACUCUCAUUUAUUGCUAAAGGACAAUAGUGAUUGACAUCGACUUAAAAAUGAUGUAUGUAUAUUGGUGGAUGUAUUAUUAAAAAUAAUAAUGUAUUGCAUUGGAUACUAUCAUUGUUUUCUUCAAUUUAUUUAAAUCUCACAUAUGUUCUAAUUUUAAAAGGUAAUGAAAAUUAUUUUUGAAGGAAGAUUAUUUGAUGAAAUCAAUUAUAGUUGUCAAACUAAGAAGAACUCCCAAUCUGUGCCUCCAGUUUUUAAAAUGAAUUAAUUAUAUAGUGAAACAAACUAAAUUUGCAUAUGAAAACUAAGAAACCUCAACAAAUCAUUGUUCAAUAGCUUUUUACUUUGUGACAGCUUCAUUUAUGUCAAAUUGAAAUCUUUAACAGAUAAUGAAACCAUUUACCUUUUUAUCCCUAGACAAUAGAAAACAAUUGAUGUCAUUGUGAAAGGUUAAAGAAAAAUGUAUUUUAAUGUCUCAGCAGUUGUUUGAUGGCAAUACUUUAAUGAUGAAUAAAUAUUUUUCCAUUCACCUUUACCAUCUUUUAAUUUUUUGGCUGUCUUUUAAAAUAAACAUGGGAAUUUGUAAUGUGAAUUUUAUACAAUUACACUUUAAGGUGAGGGAAUAAGAGGAAAUUAUUAUGUAAUCUCUAAGACCUGAUUAGUCUCCUGAUCUUUUUACAGAGUAUCCCAAAAGUGAUAAUACAGUUUUAAGUCAUUAAAUCUUUUGGGACGCCAUGUAUAUAAGAAUUUUAUUUUAAAGAAAAGUCAUUUUAUUUUUUCUUUGACUUCCAUUGUCUUCCUCAAAUUUUUGGUUUCUAGAAAAUGAAGCACAACGUUUUGCUAUGUUUUAUGUCAUGUGGAUGCUUAUAUUAUCAAUUUGAGAUGAGUUAUUUUGCUUUCAACAUUAUCUGAAACUUCAACUAUACACAGGCAUGAAUAAUGAAAUAAACUGAAUAAUUGGGAUCAAAAGGAGCAAUAAUAAUAAUAAUAACACAAUAUAGUUAAAAUAUAGUACUUAAGAGUGUCUUAGAUUUUCUUUCAUCAGUGUUUAGUAAAUUUGUACGAUGUGUAUAAUAUCACAUUGAAGGCAUUGCACUUUUAAAUUCAUUUGGAUGCUUCAUGAAAUUUAAUUGUUUUAAAAAUAAAUAAAAAUUUACAAAAGGAUCUUGAGAUAGGUCUUAUCCCUAACUUUUUAUGUUGCUGAAGAAAUGAAAAAAAAAAUGUAAUAGUGAUUUUAAGAAAAUUUUGUUGAUGUGAAUUGUAAUGUAUAUGUAGUGACCUCUGAAACUAGGGAAUAAAAAUUAUAAACAAA